AUGGCUUCCUCAGAGUUGCAAAGAGCCAUAGAGAACCCAGUUCUUGAGCUCAAAAUUAUAUCAGCCAGUGACCUCAGCCAUGUCGAUGCCACCGACAAGAUGGACGUGUACGCCGUCGUUUCAAUUCACGGCGAAGGUACUUACAAGACACAAACGGCCAAAACACCCAUUGACUACGACGGUGGUUUUAAUCCGACGUGGAACCACACCGUUAAGUUUCCGUGCAACGAAGAAGCAGCCCGUGAAGGCCGGUUAACCCUCAAGAUCGAGUUAUUUAGCUAUUUGCUCGAACGGAAGGAUGACCUAUAUCUAGGAGAUGUGAACAUCUCGGUUCAAGAGCUUUUUGUCUCAAAUCCACUUCCGCCGUCUGCUAACGGUAACGUCAAUAAGAUGAAGUCUAUAACUUGCCCUAUACAAGUCACAGAUGGAGGAAGUACCAACGCAAGGUUGUGCCUUUUGUACCGGUUUAAACCACUUCCGGUUGAUGAUUCGUAUCCUCCUGUACCUCAGGAUCAUUCCCUAUCGAUUGGCCAACCCGUUUAUCCAAACCCGGAACCAGCCAUAUCAGGUCAGCCUGUUGUAUUUUCCCCUCGGUUUCAAACCACCACGACUAAACUGAUCCUAGAGAUUGUGAUCAAGUUUGCCAAAGACAUUGAAGAUGUCAACGCCUUCUCAGCUAUGGACGUAUAUGCUUCAGUUGCGAUCCUUAAAGACAGGAAAGUCAAGGACAGGAUCAAUACCCCUGUCGCUUUCUCCGCAAAUACAAAUCCUAAAUGGAACCAGACGAUUAAGUUUUCACUCGAUGAGAAGGUAGCUCAAGAAGGGCGUUUGAUGCUCCUCGUGGAACUGAUGAGCCACAGGCCUUUCCUUGGUGAUAAAGAAAUCGGAUUCGUAAGACUUCCGAUGAAACAACUGUUAGGCUCAAAUCCUCCAGCCAAUGGUGAUGUUAACGGUAUGAAGUUGGAGACGCACGCUUUGACCGGUCCUUACGGUAAAAAAGGUGUCGUGAGCUUCACGUAUAGGUUUCUCGCGGAACAACUUAGGGUUUCAACGGUUCAGACGCCAUCUACAACAUCCCAACCAUAUAUCAUGUAUCUACCGGUUUCGCCUCAUUCAUACGCGUCAUCAGAUCCAAUACAGUUGACCCCAAGUUAUGUGACUGUUCAACAAGGUACAAAUGCUGGGCCGAGUAACGGCCUUGUACCAGUAUAUAUGUCGCCUCAAUAUCAAUCACAUGGAUAUCAACAAUAUUCACCACGAACGGCGCAACCGCAGCCACAACAUUCGCAGCUUAAGCCACUGUCUCAGAAGCCGUUCUCUCAGUCACUGCCGGAUACACAAGAAGCAUAA